AUGUCUGAAUCUCAAGGCAAAUCCGCCCGGCUCCGCGUGGGCGUAGUGCUAUUCCCAGGCUUUCAAGCCCUGGAUGUAUUCGGCCCAGUGGACUGCAUCAACGUCCUCUCAUGGAGCCACAGCGUGACUUUGGCACUUAUAUCCUCAACCCUAGAGCCAGUGACUACAAAGUUACCGGCAUCCGUCAACGCCAUAGGCCAAAGCGUGGUGCCAACCCACACCUUUGCAACAGCACCGUCUCUGGAUCUGCUUCUCGUCCCCGGUGGCCUGGGCACGCGCGGCUCGAACCCAGCCAUCGAGGAAGCAAUCUCGUACAUCCGAAACGUCUAUCCCCAGCUGGGCUAUCUUAUUACGGUGUGUACUGGCUCCGGGCUUGCCGCGCGAGCUGGGGUCCUGGAUGGGAAACGAGCCACAACGAAUAAGAUGGCCUGGGCUGAGACUACAGGUUUGGCGGUGAAUGUUGAUUGGGUUCCUCGUGCGAGAUGGGUCGUUGAUGGUAAUGUUUGGUCUUCCUCUGGGGUUAGUGCUGGCAUUGAUGUUACUCUUGCUUGGAUUGAAGAGGUCUAUGGGAGCGAGGUGGCGAGGAAGAUCUCAAAUAGCAUAGAACAUACUCGACAUGAGAACCCUAGUCACGAUCCAUUUGCUGAACUGUAUGGGCUUUGA